AUGGAGUUUGGUCCACUUAAUUCAUCUAUAUUGACAUUGGGGAUUAUACAUCUUUCCUAUAGGGCAUGGGAGGAAGAUCAUUCUGACGCCUUUAAAGGGCGUCAGUGUGUACGUACAUUAGAAACCAUGUGGCAUGCUCAUCCUAAAAGCAUUCUGUGGAUUCAACGAGUAGGGUUCUAUCCACUGUACCAGAUUCGGUAUAUUCGCUUAGACCAUCAUUUAAUUAGUGCAUUGUUGGAGCGUUGGAGGCUUGAGACACACAUAUUCCAUUUUCCUUGUGGCGAGGCAACGAUAACGUUACAGGAUGUCGCAAUCAUCAUAGGAUUACCUAUUGAUGGUGACGUUGUUACGGGCAUGAUGCAGCAAGAGUGGGAGAUGAUGUGUCAAAACCUACUCGGAUGCAACCCCCCCACUAGCCGAAGCGGACGAAACGGCACGUCCUUGUCUAUGACAUGGAUGGACGGGAACUUACCUGAUCUUCUUGAUGAAGCAUCUGAGGAGGUCGUAUUGCAGGACGCUCAAGGGUACUGCGUUUAA